CAGCUACGAAGACAAGGUAAUUUGUCAUGUUGUUUCGAUGAAUUAUAUUCACCUAAUACUGGGUGGACCUUAGCAAUUCGAUCGUAAGGUCACACAUGAUGGUCGAACCAAUCGCCACAAGUUUGAGCAUCACGGUAAAAAGAUCGUUCUGGUGCCCCUUUCGCCGGACGACGUUACAACGACCAGAAGCAUAUGGAGGAGAAUCAAAACAUGGGGAAAGAAUCUCAAGCUCGGUUAUGGGUUCAGAGACGAAGGGGUUUCAAUUUUCUGAGCUUUCAGAAGCUACAGAAGACAGUACCAGAACCAGAACCCACUGUCGUACCCGACCCUUGUGUUACGCCGCCAAAACAAAGUGGCGACUUCGACACUUCUGCCAAUGAUGAAGCGGUAGAAUCGGAGCACGACGAGUCUCCAUGCAACUCUAUGAAGGUUGAAGGAAUUACGGACGAGCAAGGAGAGGGCCUGGAUCAGCCUGCCGAUGCGCUAAAUGCCCCGGCGACGCGAGCUGUCGCGCUUUCUUCAGCUCCGGCAGAAUAGAGCACCAAUACUACUCUCGUGGGUAGCGCCACUGGAGAAGAUUCGAACCAAGAGAAGACUACAGGCACGCUCCAAAUGUCUCCUAGAAACUCAAUUGAAGGCUUUCAUGGAACGAAACGAACUGGUUUGCAGAAUCCAUUACGAGCAGCGGAGCUUCUUCCCCUUCUUCGAAUGAAACAGGGCAGAAGAGAGGAGCAAUUGGUCGGAGUAGUUGGAGCCGCGUCGAGCUUAGCCAAUGCCGCCCAAACCUUCCAAGGGAAACCAGGAAUCUCCUAAGAAGGAAGAAUCCACUCCAACAUGUCCAAUUCGCAAGAUCGAAUUCAAGUUCAUAUGCUUCUGGACGCGCACAACAAAGAAGGGAAUUCGCGUGAAUGGGGAGGGACGUUUGGGCAUGAAUCGGCGCCAAUGGCCACUGCAAAAUCAUCACAUUCACUCCCUAGAUACUGUAGAAUCAAUCAAUUUGAUCCGGAAAUGACAGAAUUAAAAAGCCCCAAAUGGAGAUUUCACUUUCGGAGUCCUGGGCAUUUGAAACUCGCAGACGGCGGGAAAGGAAGAGGAGCAGAUUCGACAACGACGGUGACGAACCGAGACUAGGAAAAGGCCCAGAAUUACAAUUGGAGGCGUGGCGAAUCUCGUGGAGUAAUCGAAUCAGAUUGGGGAUGGCUCCAUUUAAAACCCCCAAUUCCUUCGAGCAAGAACAUGUAUGAGAGGUUCGUCCGACGACCUGGGAAUUUUGGCAAUCGAUUUUCGGUGAAAUUGGUCAUUCCUACAGGUUCGAAUCAAUGUCAGCAAGCGUGCUUAACCUCGCUACAAGUGCCAAACCUGCUGGAACAGAUUGAAGCUGACAUUGAAGUUAUUAAAAUUCUGCCGAACAUUGUGUUUGAACAGCCCACUUUCGAUCCAAUUUGGGAUCAAUUCUGUGAUGAUUUUGACAAGAUGAAAGAACAAGCUUUGAAGGCAAAGCUUUUUGAAGAGGGGAAGCCUGAUAUGAUCCCAAAUGGUCCAUUAUACAUGUUUAAUUUACUUGACGAAGAAGCUAAUGAAGUUGGGAAGAAGAAGGGAAGAAUUUGGCUAAGUCAAAAUCCGUGUUCAGGGUACAUACUUUGGAGGCAUGGUUCUCUCAAUUGGUUUGGUAUAAAUUCAAGGUUAAGGG